GUUAAAACUUUGUUUUCUUGUGCUUUAAACUGUUUCAUUACUGUUGUUUAGUGAGCACGAUUUUUGUCGUUGAUCUUCGGUUUCUUCGUUGUGUGUGAUUGUUUGAUUCAUUUAUGAGUAGUUUUUGGAUGUAAGCGAGAAGCUAGUUUAUCGUGGUUAGGGAGACGUUGUGGUGAAGGAAUGGUGAUGGAAGGAGGAGAUACCGAGAGUUGUUGUAGUAGCAGAGCUUCGGAGGCGUCGCCGGCAGCGGUUGCGAGUAGGAAGCGGAGACCGAAGGUAGAGGUUUAUCAGGAGGUUCUUCGCCGACUUAGAGAGUCGGAUUGUGAAGAGGCAUGUCAACCUGGUUUUGAAGAUCAGCUAUGGUCUCAUUUCAAUCGUCUUCCUGUUAGAUAUGCAUUGGAUGUGAAUGUUGAAAGAGCACAAGAAGUUCUUAUGCAUAAAAAGUUAUUACACAUGGCACAUGACCCAACUACUAGACCUGCAUUUGAAGCUCGCCUUAUUCAGUUUCAUUCUAGCACUGAUGAAAAUGGUGGUGAGUCUAAUUCAAGCUAUACAAAGAAAGAUGCUGAAAUAUCUAUCUAUCCAGUCAGGAAAAGCAAUCAUCCACCACCUGCAUUUGGUGUAAAAUCUGCUUUUGAGGCCAAUAAAUCGAAUCAAAAAGGUGGAAUCAAAGUUAUGAGUGCAAACCAGCACUUACUUCGGCCUUUGCAUGAAAUUACAAUCUCAACAAAUGAUAAGCCUAAACUCCUAUGUAAGUUGACUUCACUUCUCUCUGAGAUCGGUUUAAAUAUUCAAGAAGCUCAUGCCUUUUCAACAACUGAUGGUUACUCAUUAGAUGUCUUUGUUGUUUAUGGUUGGCCUUAUGAGGAAACUGAGAAACUCAGAGAUGUACUAGCAACAGAAAUACCAAGGGUUGAGGAUAUACCAUGGUCAAAAAAUUCACACGUGUCACCUUUUAAGGAGUUGGAGAAAAAGAAUUUUCAAGAAAGUGUAAAGAUGCCUGUGGAUGGGGCUGAUGUUUGGGAAAUUGAUGUUAAACUUUUGAAUUAUGAAUACAGAAUUUGUGGUGGAUCAUAUGGUGAUUUGUAUAAAGGUACAUAUUGUACUCAAGAUGUGGCCAUAAAAGCUCUCAAAGAUGAGUAUUUAAACGAAAAUGCGAAGAGAGAAUUCGCUCAAGAAGUCUAUAUAAUGAGGAAAAUUCGGCACAAAAACGUUGUCCAAUUUAUAGGUGCAUGUACAAAACCUCCAAAUCUUUGUAUAGUUACAGAAUAUAUGACAGGUGGAAGUGUGUAUGAUUUCCUACAUAACCAAAAAGGUCAUUUUGAUGUGCCAGCUGUACUCAAAAUAGCAAUUCUUGUUUCAAAAGGAAUGAAUUACUUGCAUGAAAAUAACAUAAUCCAUAGGGAUCUUAAAAGUGCCAAUCUUUUGAUGGAUGAAAAUGGAAUUGUUAAGGUUUCUGAUUUUGGAGUUGCUAGAGUGCAAAAUAAAUCUGGAGUUAUGACUGCAGAAACUGGAACUUAUCGAUGGAUGGCUCCAGAGGUUAUUGAACACAGGCCAUAUAAUCAUAAGGCAGAUGUCUUCAGCUUUGGCAUUGUCUUGUGGGAGCUCUUAACACGGAAGCUUCCUUAUGCAAACUUGACUCCACUUCAGGCAGCAAUAGGUGUGGUCCAGAAGGGUUUAAGGCCUGUGAUUCCAAAGCAUACUCAUCCAGGGAUUGUGGGACUACUUGAGCAAUGUUGGCAGCAAGAUCCGUCUUUGAGGCCGGAAUUUUCUGAGAUAAUCACAAUCUUGAUGAAUAUGUCUAAGAUGGUACUAGAAGAGAAAAGAUCUAUCAAGAGAAGAAAUAUUGUAGAAGCGGAUGAUGUAUGAUUAUCACCACAUCCUUUGAAUAGUGCUUAGACUAUGUGAAAAUGAAUUUGGGUAGCUAUGAGGGAGAGGUUUUUAGCAAUGCUUGUGAAAAGUUGUUAGUAUGAUGUAUAAACAUAUAAGCAUACACGGGCGUACGAUUUGUAUCUAUAAUGUAUCAUAUAUCGUUAUGAGAAGUUUGAUGGAAAGAUUGAUCGGAAGUUAUUGGAAAG